AUGUUAUUUCGUGCAUUAGUCUGUCCUUUGACUACAAACUGGCAGGCCUGGGUUUUCACCAGUGACAUUGCAAAUGCUGGCACAGAUGCUAAUGUGUACAUGGUGAUCUAUGGAGACAAGGGAAAGUCGGAUGACAUUCCGCUUCAGAAUAAAGGAAACACAUUUGAAAAAGGACAGGUCGACACAUUUCGCUUUAGUACAAAUGAUGUUGGGAAGCCGUACAAAAUUAGAGUUUGGCAUGAUAACUCAGGGACGUUUGCUGGCUGGCAUUUGGAUAAGGUUAAAGAAGGGGAGGUAACUUUCAUCUGUAACCGCUGGUUGGCUGAGGAUGAAGAUGAUGGACUUAUUGAGAGGGAAAUAACUGCUACUGGGGCACAGAUGUUGAGUAAUGUUGGUCAGCUGCAGAAAGUCCGCAUUGGGCAUGAUGGUAAAG